AGCCUGAGCUAAAGAGCGAGACUCUGUCUCAAAAAAAUAUAUAUGUAAAUAAAUAAAAAAUUUUUUAAAGUAAAUAAAUAAAUAAAUAAAACAUAAAGAGGGGGUUUUUGUGUUGACGCAGAGCCUGAACCAUGGCAGAGGAGGCCGGGAAGGCUCCCCGAGGCCUUCAGCUCACACAAAGCAAGACGGCCCGUAGUUAAACAGAAACAGUUCGGGAAUCACAGAAAGGCACCUGGGGAGAGAUGGACGUGUGCAUCCAGAUGCAGGUGCACAGACAGUGCGUCCCCAGGUGCAGAGACAGAUCCAGGCCAAGUACCAGCUCAAAGCGCCAACCUAGGUGGGUGUCCAGGUAGAGGGAGGCUGAGUCAGGCUGAGGCCGGGGUAACAGUUGGGGUAGCCGAGGGAGGCAGGCAGCCUCCUGAGUCACCACGUGGUCCAGGUAUGGGGCUGCCCAGGCCCACAGACAGACACAAGCAUUGGGGAAUGUAAGGGGCUGGGGGAGGGGCUGAGGAGGGUAGGCCCUCCCCCAAAUGAGGAUGGAACCCCCCCAACUCCAGAACCCCUCUGCAGGCUGGCCAGAUUCCUUCCCCACCUCAUUCACUCUCUCUCUCCUGUUCUCUAACCUCUACCAUUUUGAAUUUCCGACCCCAUCUCUUAAGACUCUGUCCUUCUGUGUCUGAAUCUCUGUCCCCUUCUCUUUCUGGGUCUCUGUCCCCCUCUCUGGGUCUCUGUCCCCCUCUCUGGGUCUCUGUCACUCUCUCUUCGCAUCUCCAGCUCUCACUUUGUCUCUGUACCUAGCUCUUCCCCACCCCUCUGCAGAUCCCAAGUUGGGGAACGGCAGUUCUGGCGCCAACCUUCCUGCUCCCUGCUGGGGCCUCUGCUCCCCCAUCUCUUAGGAGUCGAAAGUGAGAAAGCAAGGUGGGCAGCUCUGCUCCAGGUCCAGGUAUCUCCCACCCACCUCCUGCCUGUCUUCCAUCCCACCCCGCCUCUCCAUCUCUCCCUGGCGCUGCCACCUCUCAUCUCUGCCUCUGUCUCCUCUGUUAUUGUCCCCAUCCCCUGUAGGUGCCCAUCCUUCCUGUCUCCCCUCUGCCAUCAGCCUGCCUGUCCUGUCCUCUUUCUCCCACCAUGUCCCGUUCUCUUCCACGUCUCAUGCCCACACUGCCUUCAUCAUCAUCAUCAUCACUGUUGUUCUGUGUGUUUGUGGUGAGUGCCUCAUGGUGGGGGCGUCUCAGCCUCUCUCCCCUCUCUCCACUGUUUUCUCUUUCUGUGUGUCUGUUUGCAUUCUGUCUCCACCUUCUUGCCUCCGUCUUUGGCUUUUCUCUCUCCACUUCUCCACACCCGUCUCUCUCUGCACCUCUGUGUCUCCCUCUUCCUCUGUCUUUUUUUCCCACCAUCUGCCUUUCCUGUUCCCUGUCACAGCCAGCUUCCACCUCUUUCUCCAUCUCCCUCCUCAGUUCCUUCUCUCAUGAGCACAUCUCCCUCUGUGCUCGCAUUCCUGGACCCCUCUCUCUCCACUGUCGUAUCUUCUCAUUCAUUUUCCCAGCCCCUCUCUCUCUCCCCUCCCUCUCCCUCUCUCUCACUCUCUGUCUCUGUGUGUGUGUGCGUGUGUCUAUGUAUCUCUCUGUCUGUCUCUGUCUUUCCAUCUCUCUCUGUCUCUCCAUCUCUGUCUCUCUAUCUCUGUCUCUCUGUCUCUGUCUCUCUGUCUCUGUCUGUCUCUCUGUCUUUGUCUCUGUCUGUCUCUGUGUCUCUCUGUCUCUCUCUCCAUCUCUCCCUGUCUCUCUCCGUCUCUCUCUGUGUGUGUCUCUGUCUGUCUCUCUGUCUCUCUGUCUCACUCUCUCUGUCUCUCUGUCUCUCCAUCUCUUUCUGUCUCUCUAUCUCUCUCUCUCUCCCCCCCCUACUGUGACUCCCUCUCUCAGUGCCUCUCUUCCUCCCUCUCUCAGCCCCUUCUUGCCCUUUCCUCUGAGGCUCCCCACCCUGGUUUCCUGACUCCACCACCAGAUCCACCACCUCCAGCAACUGAGAACCCUCCCGUGCCCACCCUGCCCUGGCGUCCCCUCCCAGGAUUCCUUCUAGAUUAUAGCAUCUUCCGGGGGCGGGUUCUCAUGAACAAUUGUGGCUGCUUUUUUGGCCAGAGAGGGGAGGGAGGGGAUGGGAUCAGGGAGUUCUGGAAUGGGAACUAGGCAAUAAAAAAAAAAAAAAAAAAAAAUCAGAAGCAGGGCAGCAGGAGGUGGGGGCAGGGCCAGCUGUCCUGACCAGGGAUAAAAGGCUUUGCCAGCGUGACUAGGAAGAGAGACACCUCCCCUCCUUCCUUCACCAAGACAUCAAGGAGGGACCUGCGCCCUGCUCCUCAUCCUCCCGCCUGUCGCCCGCAGAGCCUGCAGGCCCCGCCCUCCUGGUCUCUGGUCCCUACCUCUCUGCUCUGUCUUCAUGUCGCUGAGGGUCUUGGGCUCUGGAACCUGGCCCUCAGCCCCUAAAAUGUUCCUCCUGCUGACAGCACUUCAAGUCCUGGCUAUAGACAUGACACGGAGCCAAGAGGAUGAGAACAAGAUAAUUGGUGGCUAUACAUGCACCCGGAGCUCCCAGCCGUGGCAGGCGGCCCUGCUGGCGGGUCCCGGGCGGCGCUUCCUCUGCGGAGGUGCCCUGCUUUCAGAUCAGUGGGUCAUCACCGCUGCUCACUGCGGCCGCCCGAUCCUUCAGGUCGCCCUGGGUAAACACAACCUGAGGAGGUGGGAGGCCACCCAGCAGGUGCUGCGCGUGGUUCGCCAGGUGACGCACCCCAACUACAACUCCCGGACCCACGAAAACGACCUCAUGCUGCUGCGGCUCCAGCAGCCCGCGCGGAUCGGGAGGGCAGUCAGGCCCAUUGAGGUCGCCCAGGCCUGUGCCAGCCCCGGGACCUCCUGCCGAGUGUCAGGCUGGGGAACUAUAUCCAGCCCCAUCGCCAGGUACCCCGCCUCUCUGCAAUGUGUGAACAUCAACAUCUCACCGGAUGAGGUGUGCCAGAAGGCCUAUUCUAAAGCCAUCACGCCUGGCAUGGUCUGUGCAGGAGUUCCCCAGGGCGGGAAGGACUCUUGUCAGGGUGACUCUGGGGGACCCCUGGUGUGCAGAGGACAGCUCCAGGGCCUUGUGUCUUGGGGAAUGGAGCGCUGCGCCCUGCCUGGCUACCCUGGUGUCUAUACCAACCUGUGCAAGUACCGAAGCUGGAUUGAGGAAACGAUGCGGCACAAAUGAUGGUCUUCACGGUGGGAUGGACUUCGUCAGCUGCCCAGGCCCUCCUCUCUGCACUCAGGCCCCAGCCCCUCCUCCCUCAGACCCAGGAGUCCUGACCCCAGCCGCUCCUCCCUCAGACCCAGGAGUCCUGACC